AUGGUGGGCAAGGCGCAUUCCAAAGGUUGUCGACGAUGCCGCCGCCACAAGAAGGGAUGCGAUGGCGGAAGACCGCGAUGCGGACAAUGCUCCAAGUUGAACACGGAGUGUAUUUAUGAGGUCCGCGAUUUUAUUACACAUGGACCUGCGUUUCGGGAUUCAGUGUGUUCUUCAUCGAAGAAGGCCGCCACCCUGCAGCUCGAGUCAAGUGAAGAGCCUUCGCCAGCCACAUCAAGCCCGGGCAGCCUAGCUUGUACUUCUCGUCCCGCUCAAGCAUUAUCAUUCGUAUCUCCAGUUCUCGACGCUCGACUCGAAAGGACUGCAAUGGAAAUGCGGCUCGAGGAAAGUUUCUGGAUGCAGUAUCUUCCGUAUGAGUGUACACACAUUCCGUCUGCCCUCGAGGAUGGCAGCGGAAGCUCUUUGACGGUGUGGUCAAAGCUGCGCGACCAAGCAAUGGGUUCGCAGACGGCUCGACUGGCGUUCCGUGCUACCGCGCUAAUGAGUCUUGGACGCCUUCGAACAAAUCGUGACUACGCCAUAGUUGCCACGCGAAUAUAUGCGCAAGCUUUACGACAAGUCAAUAAUGCACUUCAACGCUCUGAUGCCUGCCACGAUCCCGCUACACUGGCGGCCACACGAUUCCUUGCUCUCUUCGAGACUUUUCGUGUGGGCGACAGCACUGAAGUGUCUUCUCAGGCCAUUGACUGGCAGAAUCACGUCCACGGAAUGUCUCGCAUCAUCGAAAUACGUGGAUCUGAGAAAGUCACGACGCUCGCUGAUUGGAACGUGAUCACUGAUGCACGACAAUCAGCAGCAGUUUGCGGCAUUAUACUCAAGCGACCAGUGGGUCUUGCCACCCGAGAAUGGAGCCGUACGUUCAGGGGAAUGCAUGACCAUGUGGCGCCUAGUCUCCGUGAGAAUCUUGUGGACAUCAUGGCGCUCAUUCCGAAUAUACUCGAUCAACAGAAUCGACUUUACGCACGCAUGGACUCAUGCGUCACCGCUGACGAGCACAGCAAGAUUGCUGAAGAUUGCAUGAAGCUAUCAGCUGAUGCUCUGCGUGUUGCUGAGCUUCUACUUGCCUGGGAAAAGCACAUGCUGCAGUUUGUCCUUGGAAAGGUUGACCUCAGCGCGAUAGACAAAGCACCAGAGCUCGAGCCGUCGGUCCUGAGUACAUACUGUCGCCAGUUGAACUACUGCGAGUUUGACCUCACGGCACAAUUUUGGUUCGCCUGCGUCAUGAUGUUCACUCGCCUCGCUGUCUUCCACGAGAACGCUCAAACAUGGAACAAGUCGAUGCCGUUCAGCUAUCCCCUUUCAUUACCAACGCCGCUUCCAGAACGAUUUGCACCUGCACCAUAUGCAGCAAGCAUCGCACGGAAUGCUGAACAUUUCUUCGAGCCCGCUGCAGGCCUCUGGGGCGCCGAGCACGCACCCAUAUGCAUGGCCGCCGCCAGUUACUACUUCGCUGCACACGGUCUGCAGACGUCGGCCGAGAUGCGUCUUCUCCAGUCGGUACUGUCGAGCCCUCGCGCGCGGGCUUUCUCGCUGAGUUUCUUGAGAAGUCUUGCUGUAGCAGCGACACCGGAGGUUGCCAAUGGAAAUGCAUCGAGGGACCCGGAUCGUGAACUCAUGGCUCAAACGUGGUUUGGGAUGCGGCCGAUCCGGCAUGAUUUCGCGCAGGACGCUUGGAUUCUUGCGCCGGGGCUUUGGCCAGAUCACACGCCUUAG